AUGAAUGACGGUGAUAACAUCAAGGAUUUCACGGGAAAACUAAUUGAUUUGGGAAAUCAAUUAAGAGUCCAUGUAGAAGAGAAAACAGAUGAUCAAAUAGUUCAAAAGAUACUCAUCUCUCUUCCUGAAAAGUUUGAUAGUAUUGUUGCCGUGAUGGAGCAAACAAAGGAUUUGCAAACUUUGGCCGUAUCAGAGUUGAUCGGUACUCUUCAAGCCCAUGAAAGUCGUGUUGCUUCACGAUAUGAGAGUUCGACUGAAGGAGCGUUCUAUGAAGAAAAGAAACGUGAAAACAAGAAGGCCAAGAAAUGGUGUGGCGUUUGCAAACGAAACAAUCACAAUGAAAGCGAAUGUUGGUUCAAGCAAAAGAAGAACCAAGGUGGCUCUUCACAAAAGGUUGUAAACAAUGAGAGAAGGUGUUUCGUGUGUAACAAACUGGGAUAUCUUGCAAAGAACUGCAAACUUAGAAAAUCCGAGAGAGCGGAUCUAAGUCUAGAAGAAACAGAUGAUGAAGAUCACAUGCUGUUUAGUGCGGUUGAAAAAAAAAUAUCAUCGAAAAUAGAUGAUGAAACGUGGUUAGUUGACAGCGGGUGCACUAACCAUAUGACCAAGGAAGUUAAAUACUUCAUCACUCUUGAUCAAAGCAUAAAGGUUCCGAUCAAAGUGGAGGAUGAUAAUAAAUGCCUCAUCAACGAUCCUCAAGGGAAAAGGAUUCUGAACAUUAAGAUGAAGCAUAAGAGUUUUCCACUCAGAUGGAGUAACUUAGAAGCAAGUGGUUUACUUGUGAGUGCAGAAGAAGCUGCAGUUUCACAGGGAAAGAUAGAGCAAAGGGUUGAUGAGAUUGACUUGAAUGUUGAUCCAUUGGAGAAUUAA